ACCCCACAGAGCCACAGAGGCCGCUGGCCCACGAGUGUCUGGGUGAGACCCUGCGCAUCCUGCGCCAGGUCAUCAACAAGUACCCACUGCUCAACACCCUGGAGACCCUGACGGCCGCCGGGACCCUCAUCUCCAAAGUCAAGGGUUUCCACUACGAGUCCAACAAUGAGGCAGACAAGAGGGAGUUCGAGAAGGCUGUGGAGACGAUUGCCGUGGCCUUCAGCAGCACCGUGUCCGAGUUCCUCAUGGGGGAGGUGGACAGCAGCACCAUCCUUUCCAUCCCACCUAGUGACCAGAACCAGAGUAUGGAGAACCUCUAUGGGGGGAUCCCUGGGCCUGGAGGAGACACUGUGUCUUCGGGCAUGGAGAGCUACAACACGGCUCGUCCUCCGGCCGAGGAGGUGGAUGUGAUGCUGCAGCGCUGCGAGGGAGGGGUGGACGCUGCUCUCCAGUAUGCCAAAACCAUCUCCAAGUACAUGAAGGACUUGAUCGGAUACCUGGAGAAAAGGACCACACUGGAGAUGGAGUUUGCCAAAGGGCUCCAGAAGAUGGCAAACAGCUGCAAGCAAACCAUCAGCCAGGAGACCAACAUGCCUUUCCUGUCCAUCUACCUGCUGGCCCUGGAGCAGGACAUGGAGCACGGGACAUCAGUUCUGCAGGCUGCCAACACCCUGCAGCACCAAACCUUCCUCCAGCCACUGACAGUGAGACGCCUCGAACACGAGAAGCGGAGGAAGGAGAUCAAGGAGCAGUGGCACCGGGCACAGAGGAAACUGCAAGAGGCAGAGGGGAACCUGCGCAAGGCCAAGCAGACGUACAUGCAGCGCAGCGAGGAGCACGACAAGGCCAAGUACAUGGCGGUGAAAGCAGAAGAGGAGCAGCAGAGCACAACCAGCAGCGUCACCACCAAAACUCUGGACAAGAAGAGACGGCUGGAAGAGGAAGCAAAGAACAAGGCAGAAGAGGCCAUGGCCACGUAUCGCACCUGCGUGGCCGACGCGAACACGCAGAAGCAGGAGCUGGAGGACACCAAGGUGAACUCCCUGCGGCAGAUCCACGAGGUGAUCAAACAGAGCGACCAGAUCAUCAAGACAGCUACCAUCUCCUUCUACCAGCUGAUGCACAUGCAGACGGCAGCUCUGCCCGUGAACUUCCAGACGCUGUGCGAGAGCAGCAAGCUGUACGACCCGGGGCAGCAAUACGCCUCCCACGUGCGGCAGCUGCAGCGCGGGGACGAGCCCGACGUGCAGUACGACUUCGAGCCCUACGUGUCCCACAACGCCUGGUCCCCCUUCACUCGGACACGGAAGGGAAGCUUCAAUGCCAGUGAGCUCUCCACAAGUGCUGAGGGGGCUGGAGCUGAGGGGCGGGCAGAGGCCAAGGAGUCUCCGAGCGGGACCGGAGCGGCCGAGCGGAGAGGUGGGAGGGGACACCAGGUCCAUAAAUCCUGGCCAACCUCUGCUGCUGACGCUGACAGCAGCCUGGACUCCAGCACAGGGGAAUUCAGCCACAAGCUCCAGCGGCUGUCAUCCAAUGGCACCGCGUCCUCCAGUGAGGAGCUGGAGGAGAAGGACGAAACAGCCACCCCCUUUGAGCAGAGCAUCAAUGGGAUCACCCCAGAGCUGACAGCCCCCACGGGACCCUUCCGGAACGUUGGCUUGUCCAAGGCUGCCCAGACCCAUCGGCUGAGGAAGCUCCGAGCCCCCUCCAAGUGUCGGGAGUGCAACAGCUACGUGUACUUCCAGGGAGCCGAGUGUGAGGAGUGCUACCUGGCCUGCCACAAGAAGUGCCUGGAGACCUUGGCCAUCCAGUGUGGGCACAAGAAGCUCCAAGGGAAGCUGCAGCUCUUUGGGCAGGACUUCAUGAAGGCGUCACGGGGCAGCCCAGAUGGGAUCCCCUUCAUCGUCAAGAAAUGCAUUUCGGAGAUUGAGAAGCGAGCACUGAAAACCAAGGGCAUCUACCGAGUUAACGGCGUCAAGACGCGCGUGGAGAAGCUUUGCCAGGCCUUUGAGAAUGGGAAGGAGCUGGUGGAGCUGUCCCAGGCCUCCCCCCACGACAUCAGCAACGUCCUGAAGCUGUACCUGAGACAGGUGAGGUGCUGCCGCCUGCCGUUCCGGCUGUACAACGAGCUGAUGGGGCUGGCCAAGGAGAGCCUGCAGGGUGGCGAGGCCAAGGGCCGUGGGGGCAAGGGGGGCCCUGAGCUGGUGGACCGAGGGGCCGACACCGACCGCGUGGUGCUGAGCCUGGUGCUGAAGCUGAGGGAGCUGCUGAAGGAGCUUCCCUGCGAGAACAUGGCCACGCUCCAGUACCUCCUGCAGCAUCUGAGGAGGAUUGUGGAAGUGGAGCAGGACAACAAGAUGACCUCAGGCAACCUGGGCAUUGUUUUUGGGCCAACUCUGAUGCGCCCCAGGCCCACGGAUGCCACAAUCUCCUUGUCCUCGCUGGUGGACUAUCCCCACCAGGCUCGCAUCAUCGAGGCACUCAUCAUCUUCUACCCCACCAUCUUCGAGCACAAGGAGCCCAGCAGACUCGGCUCGGGCAGCACGGAGGAGGUGCCAGGCAGUGCUGAGCAGCCCACGGCUCCCUCUGGCACUGUUCCUUACCUGGAGCUGCCUUCAGAGAAAGGGAACUUGGCUUUCAGCGUCGACUCGCUUGCAG